CAUUAUACUGAAGCAGGGCCCGGCCCCUAACGAAACAGUUCCACAAGACUCGUGAAGUGACAGAUUUUCUUAUUUUACCAUUGAUAAGGCCUAUUUUCUAUCUAUUCGAACACAAUGGCAGACGACGAAUUGGAGGCUAUCAGGCGGCAACGCAUGGCCGAACUGCAGUCAAAACACGGGAGUCUGUCUUGGAACCAAAUGAGUCCGGGGGACUCUUCAAAUGACCAGCAAGGGCAGCAGGAGGCCAAACAGAAGGAAACAGAGAUGAGGAACUCCAUACUGGCUCAGGUUCUAGACCAGUCCGCCCGCGCCAGAUUGAGUAACUUGGCUCUGGUGAAGCCAGAGAAGGCCAAAGCAGUGGAGAAUUACCUCAUACAGAUGGCCCGCAUGGGCCAGCUGGGAGGAAAGGUGAGAGAACUGGACCUAAAGCAUAUGUGGACAUAUAUCAUUGAACAUUUCAGAGACUGGUUUGAUCGACAUCCUAGAAAAAGUUAGUCAGCAAACAGACAAAAAGACAACUGUCAAGUUCAACCGACGAAAGGUGAUGGACUCUGAUGAGGAUGAUGAUUGAUGCGUUGAAAGGAGCUCAGGAACCAGUCAGACAGCUGCCUUAGGGCGGGAUUCAGGACUGGAUAGGUUAGAGCAGGGCUCUGUUCGUUGGCGGCCGUCUUUGACUUGCCAAAGGCCCUGCCUUUGUCAUGCACCCAGGGGUAUCACAUCAGCCCCUGUGUGCAUCUGGAACUCAUUACUAUAUUCUCUCUUAUAUCCAUUUUCACCACGUUUUACUUUUUCUCCACCACAAGAAGCAGAACAACAAUUCAUAUAUUGCUGCUGAUGCAUUUUUCUAGAGACUGCUUUGUGAAUACUGUCUGCUGCUACUCAGUAAAUAGUGAAAACAUCAAAUUGGACAGAGCACAUGGGUAUAUUCAUUAUUUUUUUGUAAAAUUUUGCUGACCUGUAUCCAACAGUUUACAUUUAAAAAAUAAAAAAGCCUUACAUUUGAA